AUGGGGGAAAAGGUGGAUGGGGAAUUGAAGCCUGCUGGUAUUUCAUCCUGGAGAAAACUUUUUGUUUCAAAAUCCGGUGCUCCUAUGGAAUAUUUUGCUCCGGAAAUCCUUGAUGAUGGCAGGAGGACAAGGGUUAUACCUCCUAAAGAGGUGGCUGAUUUGGCGAUGGACAAAUGGGGAAUGUCUCGUUGGAAUUGGAAGUGCUUCGGAAAGGUUGGUGUUGUCUCAAAUGGGGUUGGGGGCUUUAUUCUGAAAUUUGAUAAUGAGAGCUCCAGGGAUGAGGCCUUGGAAGGGGGCCCUUGGCAUAUUGGGGGGCAGCCCCUUUUCCUAAAAAAAUGGCGUCCGAAUUUAAAAAUGUCAGGUGAAGGCACUAGUAGUGUGCCGAUUUGGGUCAAAUUUAGUGGAGUUCCAUUGGCGUUUUGGACUUCUAAAGGGUUGAGCUAUGUUGCGAGCGCCAUUGGAAAACCUCUCUACAUGGAUAACAUCACGGAUGCGGGGGAUAGAUUGGAGUAUACAAGAGUUUGUGUUGAAAUUGACACAGCUUCUUCAUUCCCGAAUUCAGUGGAACUAGGACUCCCGAAUGGUGAUUGUGUAAACAUAGGAGUGGAGUAUUCUUGGAAACCGAGGGCCUGCCUUUUGUGUAGAACUUUUGGGCAUAAUUUGAAGGAAUGUCACUUGGCCCCUCGAUGUGAGAAGGAAAGCACCGAGAAUAAGAACUUGAAUCUUACUCAAGAUUGGCGAAUGGUGACUAAGAGGAAGGAGAAUGUGUCAAAGGACGUGGUUGUGCAAGUGGAGAACGUGGGCGAGAGCUCUACCUGCAAAAAAGAGCAGCCCAUUAAUGAGUCGGGAGUCACGGUUAGUAAAACAAAACCCUCCACUAAUCAAUUUUUGGUUCUCAGUUCAGGCAAUAGGCUGGAUAAUGGGGAACUAGAUGGCGAAGAGGAUAGUGAGAAUGUCAAUGAUAGGUUUGGAAAAGAUAAGGAUGAAAUGAGUGGGAUAAAUGUCCCUAGCGGGGCUGAUCUUAACAGGGCCUAUAAUCGAGGUGCAUGUGAUGAUAGGGAUAAGUGUGUUAAGGGGAAUGAAUAUGGGGUGAGUGUUCCUAACAUAGAGGAGAGGAGAUUGGAAGUAAGCAAAAGGUUGAAUGCUUUGGGUGCUGGUGAUAACAACGGAGAAGUAACCCCACCUAGGGGUCCCUUGGUGGAAAACCACGAGGGAUGUGAAAUGGGGUCUACUUCACUGCUAUGUGGGAGGUUCGGAAAUUUGAUUCGAGUGUGA